CACACUGAAACUUUAAUACGGGCUUCAUUGAAGCGACAAAUCAGAGGGAACAAAACGAACACUAAAAAUCAAUAAAUUGAUAGGGAAACACAUUGCUCUUGAGAAUGAGUUUAGCGGAUGAUCUGGCCUGGACGAUGGUCGAGGAGGCUGUUAUGCGAGACCGUAGUUUUAAUGAAGACAAAGCAUUGUCCAACAUCAUUCGUUCCUAUUUAGUACGUCGAGGCAUGGCCCGCACACUUGCAGCGUUUGAUGCUGAUCUUGAGGAGUACGUUGACGAUAGCAAUUCAGCCUACGAUGUAGAGGCGGGUCCAUUUAAGGUGCCUCGAACGGAUUCUGAAGUAGUUAAGGUGCCUGGUGUGUUGAUUGACGUUCAGAAAAGAAAAAAUGCUCAAAUUCUUUGCUUAGAUGAGCUCUACGAUGAAGCGGCGGCGAUGCUACCUUCCGGCUCUGUUGUUAAAAUUAAGCUGCUUUGCAUGAAGUCGCUUAAAAUUGAAGAUACUCAACUGGCGAUGGUUUUCAUCGCGACCAAAGUGGCUCCUUUGGUUCCUCAAUGUGAAGCCUCGCGAACAGCGCAUCGAAUUUAUUUGGACAGCAUCUCAUUUUUACUUAAUAGAUACCAAUCGACUGAAAGAAUCAGCACAACCUUGUAUACCCCCCACGAGUUAGCCCGAGAAGUUAAUGAAGAGUUGUUGUAUUCAAAUGGGCCGAGCUCUCUGAACGUGCUUCUUUCAUGGGCAGAUUGGCAAAAGGAAAAUGUAUUUCCUUUGUAGGUCAUUUUUUUCUUUCAAUUUGCUUGCUUAAAGUAAAGCACAAAAUAUCACACCCAACAUGUCCCAUUAUUUCUACUUGCAAUUGUUUGAACUUCAUUUGACAUGUUCUCUUUGAAUUUUUGACUUGGUCACCCAAGCUCGGACACUUGUCUCUGCCCUAUAAUAAUGAUUGAAUUACAAGCUUGUCGAACUAAUUAGAAGCUAAUUUUAAUUUUAACUUUCUGUUCUAUCUCUUCUCUUUAAGCAUAGUAUACAUAUAAUUUAAAUAGAUUUCAUAGCUCUUUUUUACUUCUCUUGUAAGCUUGUCUGUACUGCUUAUGCCAAUAGUGUCUGUGUGUGUGAUGUACAAGGACUGAGCAGGCUUUGAGCAGAGCAGGUGUCUGUUACUGCGUGUGCGAAGGAUCCGUUGGUGAAAAUUACUUUCUUUUUUUGUACACAACAUUAAUUACUAAAAAAAAAGCUGUCUAGAAACACAUCACAUUCCUUUUAAGAUUGCAAAGAGCAAAUAGGGCUUUUUCUAAAAAAAAAAUUAUCCCUUUAUAGCUUACAUUCUUCCAAGUGUUUUGUUUUUAAAUAUUUUUAUAAUAGCCAUCACUAUCAUCGAAAAGUUAGGUUUAGUUUGUUUUACAAUAAAUAAACAUAUACCAAAGUCACUAAUAUUUCUUAAUAUGCUAUACUUGCUUUCGUCGUGUUCAUUGCGAUGAUUUGAAUUAAAUAGCUAAUUUUAUGACUUUUGGUAAAAACAACAACAGCGAUGGGCAUAAAACAAAAUUCGACGAUUUUGGUUUGUCGUGAACUUUUCCACUAUCUGCUUUCUAUUUAGGUUGGUUUUUUGAAAUAUGCUAAGGUAUGUGGGUGUGUCUGGGUUCAGGUAUUGCUAAGGGCAUAAUUCGCAGAGUGCUUUGUUAUUUUUCAUGAUUAACAGCAUUCUUAUAGUUUUGCCCUAGAUAUGAAGUGUAGAAAGACUUAUUGCUAUGACUUGCUCUAUGUUACACACAUUCAUGAGGAA